AGUCACUUGUGCACUGCUGGGUUUGGAGUUCAGACGCCACCACACAAAAGAAGUGCCUUGUUAAUUUUCUUUUUAUAGUCUGGCUAAAUUGACCAUACGCCUUUGCUUUUUUGUCAAUAGACCGAAAAAAUGUCUUGACGUUUAACGUCAGUGCCGUCAGAUCAAUCAAAAUUACGCGGCUGAUUGUAAAGUUCAGAAUGGGUUAUCAUGAGUGAUAAACUUAUGAAGAAACUUAACUAAAUAAGUAUUAUUUUACUGUGUGGCUUUGUGAUUUGUAUUGUGCUGUAAAACAUGAAUACCAAACCUAUUUAUAAUAUUUUCUCUGACGUCAUUAGAAGAUGCAAUCGUCUAAAGUUAGUAAAUCAUCAUCAAAUCAUGGACAGAAAAGGCCAUACAAAAUUGAACUUUAUGUUAAAUCAUUCAGUGAGAUCCUUUCAUAGUUCCUACUACACAAUGGCAAGCAAGCUUCUGACUGGCAACCUGUGGGAGACUGAUCCUGAGCUAUUUGAUAUUAUAAAAAAUGAGAAGCAUCGCCAGGAAGCCGGCCUUGAAAUGAUAGCUUCAGAAAACUUUACUUCAGUUCCAGUACUUCAAUGUUUGAGCUCAUGCCUUCACAAUAAGUAUUCAGAAGGUCUACCAAACCAGAGAUACUAUGGUGGCAAUGAAUUUAUUGAUGAAGUAGAAAUUUUAGCACAAAAGAGGUCCUUGGAGGCCUACAAGUUGAGUGACAAGGACUGGGGUGUCAACGUACAACCCUACUCUGGGUCCCCAGCCAAUUUUGCCGUGUACACUGGUGUGGUUGAGCCCCAUGGCAGGAUCAUGGGCCUGGACCUGCCUGACGGCGGUCACUUGACCCAUGGCUUCUUCACAGCAACUAAGAAAAUAUCUGCCACAUCUAUCUUCUUCGAGAGCAUGCCCUAUAAAGUUGAUCCUACAACUGGGCUGAUAGACUACGACAAGCUAGCAGAGACAGCCAAGCUGUUUAAGCCCAAGCUAAUUAUCGCGGGGAUGAGCUGCUACUCCAGAUGCCUGGACUACAAGAGGUUUAGGCAGAUCGCCGACGAGAACGGAGCCUACCUCAUGGCUGAUAUGGCUCAUGUAUCGGGACUUGUUGCUGCAGGAGUAAUCCCCAGCCCGUUCGAAUACUGUGAUAUAGUGACUACAACGACCCACAAAACGCUCCGCGGCCCGCGCGCCGGCGUCAUCUUCUUCCGCAAAGGCGUGCGCUCCACCAAGCCCAACGGCACCCAAGUGUUGUACGACUUCGAGAGCAAAAUCAACCAGGCGGUCUUCCCUGGGCUGCAGGGCGGGCCCCACAACCACGCUAUUGCUGCUAUCGCUACAGCUAUGAAGCAGGCCACGUCGCCUGAGUUCGUGGAAUACCAGAAGCAGGUGAUCAAGAACGCCCAGCGUCUGUGCCAGGGGCUGAUGUCACGUGGUUACGCCAUCGCGACCGGCGGCACCGACGUGCACCUGGCCCUAGUAGACCUGCGGCCGGCGGGGCUCACGGGCGCGCCGGCCGAGCGCGUGCUGGAGCUGUGCAGCGUGGCCUGCAACAAGAACACCGUGCCCGGCGACCGCAGCGCGCUCAACCCCAGCGGCAUCCGCCUCGGUACACCUGCGUUAACUACUCGAGGAAUGAAAGAAGCCGAUAUUGAUAAAGUAGUAGACUACAUCGACAGAGCUCUCAAUAUCGCCAAGGAGAUUGUGAAAAUCUCAGGGCCUAAGCUUGUUGACUUUAACAAGACUAUUGAAGGAAAUGCUGACUUCAAAUCGAAGAUAGAAGCACUCAAAAAGGAAGUUGAAGACUACAGCCGAAAAUUCCCCAUUCCCGGCAUCGGAAACUAUUAACAUUCCAAUCAUCCUACUAGAUUUAAGCUAUAUAAAAAAAUGUAUUUAAUUUACAUAAUGUGCCUUCUUUAUAAUGUUAUAAGAAGAUUAAGGAAUCUCUAAUUAUUACCUCAUCAUAAUCAUUUCAUAUCAUUUUGUAUGUAGUAACAUACUCACUCACUAUCUUGUAUACAUGUAUGAAUAUGGUUAU